AUGAAGUGGAUCCUCCUGGUUGUUCUGUUGGCUUUUCUGGGAAUUUCAAACUCACAGGUCUGCAACCAAGAUUGCACAAGAAGUGGUAUAGAAUUCCUUUGCGGAAAAACCGUGAGAAACGGCAGGGAGAUACGAUGCACCUACAGGAAUCCCUGCGAAAUGGAUAAACAUGCCUGCCAAAAACGGGAAGUGUGGACGAAAGACGCGACAGGUCGAUGCACACGCGACUCGGAUGAAUGCAGGAGGUAG